UUCUCCAACGGAAAGAUGGCGUCAGUCACGAAUUAUAGCAGCUACAACCAAGCUGGAGCACAGCAGUCGUAAUAUGGCUCAUACACUGCACCUCCUGCUCAGACCUAUGGACAGACUGCACAGGAUGGAUAUACUCAGCAAGAUUACAGCUCCUAUGCUCAGCCCGCUGCUGCUCCCGAGGCCACCUACAGUCAGGCAGCGCCCUCUGCUGGAGCAUAUGCGCAACAGCAGUACGGAUCCACAUAUGGGCAAGCAGCAGCAACAGCGGCUGCAGCACCAGCUGCCUAUGGAACUCCACAGCCAGGAGCCUAUACUCAGCCUGCCCAGAGUUAUGGGGCCAGCAGCUACACCGGCUCCACUGCUGCCCCUACAGCCCAGGCUUCCUAUGGCUCUCAGCCCGGAUACUCUACCCAGCCGGCCUAUUCUGGCUAGCAGCAGCCUGCUGCCUCCGCUCCUCAGAGUUACAGUGCAAGCAGCCAGCCGGCCUACAACCAAAGUGCCUAUUCGCAGCCUGCAGGCUAUUCUCAGGCAGGAUACCAGGCUCAGCAGCCAGGCUAUGGACAGCAGCAGCAGCAGAGCGCCUAUGGACAGGGACAGCCACCUCAACAGCACCAGCAAGGCCCGCCUGCUGCCUACCCUCCUCAGGGGAGCAGUUCUUAUGCACAGACUCAGUACAGCCAACAGAGUGCGCCACAGAAUGAUUACCAGCAGAAUCCUUAUAACAGUUACAGCCAGGGUGGUGUGAGCGGAGGUUACCCUGGGUCACAGCGCGGCGGAUACCAGGAUGGUGGCCGAGAUGGUUAUGACCGUGGAGGACCUCGAGGCCGUGGUAUGGGCCGCGGUGGCAUGGGCAUCGCUGGAGACAGAGGGGGCUUCAAUAAGCCUGGUGGACCCAUGAGAGGGGGAAUGGAUCGUGAUAUGGGCCAUCCAGGAGAGCAGGACUCUGAGAACAGCACCAUCUAUAUCACGGGUCUCACUGAGAAUGCCACUCUACCAGAGAUGGCUGAGUUUUUCAAGCACACUGGAGCAAUUCGGAUAAAUCGCCGUUUAAAUCCAGCCAUACACAUCUAUACAGACAAAGACAGCGGCAAGCCAAAGGGGGAUGCCACACUGUCCUAUGAGGAACCUGCAUUUGCCAAAGCUGCUGUUGAACAUUUUGAUGGUUUUCCAGGGCGGAGAUUAAAGGUCUCUAUGGCUCGCCGGAAGCUGAUUGGGGGGAUGAGAGGAGGAAUGCCAAUGCGAGGUGGCCCUGGGAUGGAUCGUGGAGGUAUGAUGGGAAGCGGAGGUGAGAGAGGCGGCUUUCCCCCGCGUGGUGGCCCUCGAGGUGGAAUGGGCUGGAACGGCGGCCCUCAAGCAGGAAAUGUGCAGAAAAGAGCUGGAGACUGGAUGGCUGUGGGAAAUCAGAACUUCUCCUGGAGAAUGGAGUGUAACCAAUGUAAAGCUCCAAAACCCGAAGGCCUUGGAGCUCCUCCUCCCUUCCCUCCUGGAGGAGGUGAACGUGGCAGGGGUGGCAUGAGGGGCAGAGGAAUGGAUCGCGGUGGGCCGGGAGGAAUGCGCGGAGGCUGGGGAGGAGAUCGCGGAGGCUUCAGAGGCCGUGGUGGAAUGGAUAGGGGUGGAUUCAGAGGUGGUAGCAGGGGUGGUCCUCCCAUGGACAGAGGUAGAAGAGGCAUGGGACCCCCAGGCAAGAUGGAAAUGAGGGAUCAUCGUCAGGAGCGCAGAGAAAGACCAUACUGAGUUCACGCAUCAAGCAAAAGGAAAUUACAUAGAGGAAGGAAAAAUUUUAAAAGUCCUUUUUAUUUAUGAUUCCAUAUUUAUACAUGGUUAUCUCUUUUGCUUGCUUUUAGUUUUUAAUUUCACUGUUUUUAGUUAAGCCUUUUGUUUUUUUUUUUAUGUUGUAAUUGAUUUCUUUUUAUAUUAAAAAUACUCAGUUGCCCUGUAGUCAUUAUUUUUGGGGAUGUCUAUCUUGCAUGUCUCUGUGUAGCUGUAUGUACUUUAAACAAUUUUUUUAAAAAUAAACUUUUCCACCUCCA